GCCGGCUAUGUGAGAAACUCGAAGAGAAUUCGUGGGGUUACUUAUAUGGUUUAACAUGCCCACUUUGAACAUUCUUUUAAUCUACCCGUAAAGGAUCUAAGGAUAUGCUCUUCAUUCAUUCAUUACUUUCUCUCGUUUUCGUAACCUUUGCAAUUGCCAGCGAUGGUUUUUAUAAAUUAGACUUUGAUGUCUUACAAGGAAAGGAUCUCCUUUCUGCAUUGAGAGGGUUUCUCGAGGAUGCCUUAACCCCCAGAGAUGCCUCCGCUAUGCAAUUAACCAAUGAAAGAUCAUUCUAUGUCGCUAAGGUUCAAGUUGGUACUCCACCACAAGAAAUCAGUGUCUUGUUGGACACAGGAUCUGCUGAUCUUUGGAUCACCGGUUCAAAUAAUCCACAUUGUCUUGCCAAUGGAGGUGAUAUUAACUGUGAAGCAUAUGGAUCUUUCAACACAUCUGAAUCGUCUACCUACCACGAUAACCAAACUGCAUUCUCCAUCAAAUACAUGGACAACACCUAUGCAAAGGGUGAUUGGGCCACUGAAACCAUCUCAUUAAGUGAACAACUUAACCUCACGGACGCUAGUUUGGCGGUUGCAAACGAUGCCAACUCCUCUGUUGGUGUGUUCGGUAUUGGAUUCUCUAGUUUGGAAAGUCAACAAAACAAGUACUAUAACUUGCCAAUGUUGUUGAAGAGUCAAGGUUUGAUUAGCUCCAACGCAUACUCUUUAUAUCUUACUUCCGCUGAAGCCACAUAUGGAUCUGUUCUUUUCGGUGGUGUUGACCAUGCCAAGUAUGACCGUGAAUUACUGGAAAUUGAUAUUCCAAAGGUAAAUAAUGACUACCUUUACUUACAAAUUCCUUUGAAAUCUGUCACCGUACAACUUUCUACUCAAGACAGUAGUGCUUGUAGUACUCCAGCAACCACAUCUUCAACUCCUAUUGCCCAACCUACUCUCGUAACUUCAACUUUAUCCUCUGGUUCUCAACCUACUCACAGUGGUAGAAUCGCUCUUGAGGAUUUGGCUUCUGAGUUUGCUAGCGGUAUUGCUGAUACCCUUGCCCUUGUUAAAUCUGGUUCAAAGGGAUUCCCUUCAAUUCAUGGGUCAAAACUUGUGUCUGGAAAUAAGGCUAACUCUAACAUUAGUUCCAGUGGUCCUAGUUCAAUCUCAAGUGCAAAUGCUGCUCCUAGCUCAAGUCCAAGCAACUCAACCAUCCCUGCAAAUGAUACUCUUGCCAUUCUUGACUCGGGUACAACCUUAUCAUUCUUACCAACAGAACUUGUCACUGCUAUCACCUCUCAAUUGGGAGAAAACGUCACCUACAAUUCCGCUGCUGCUGCAUAUUCUGUUCCAUGUAGCUUGGGAGGACCUGGCAAUAAUAUUGUAUUUGGUUUCGAAAACAAAGAUAUCCAAGUUCCAUUAUCUCAAUUAGUUUAUCAAACUGGCCAAGAUCCAAAAACUGGUAAAUCAACUUGUACCUUGGGAUUAAUUCCAAGUGCUCAUACCAUUCUUGGUGACAACUUUUUGAGAUCUUGUUACACGGUUUUCAACUUGGACAAAAAGACCAUUUCUAUUGCCCAAAUCAAGUACACCUCUGAUGAGAACAUUCAAGUACUUUAAAUACCCCCACCUUCAAAAUAUAUACAAAAUAAAAGAAUAUAGAUGAUUUCACCUACUUAACCACAUUCUCUACGCCAUUAUUUCUCCUUUACUUUCCUUUCUCAAUGAUUCGUAUAUUUACAGUCUAUGUACAUUUUUUAUUCUGACAUUCUAUCC